ACUGCUUCUGUCAAGCGACGAAGACAGUUCACACCAACAUACCAUUCGACGCUAGGAAAACAUCAGACGUUCUCACGAUUAAAAUGACUGCUACCAAGCCCACCUUCAUCUUCGUGCCCGGCGCGUGGCACUGCGCGACCAAGUUCGAGCCAGUGACUUCGAAGCUCGAGGCUCUCGGGUAUCCCACCAAGUCUUUGCAGCUCCCGUGCUUCGGUGCGGAGCCUCCGCUGUCAGAUUUCCAGCCCGAUGUCGCGGCCAUUCGGCAAGAGAUUGAGAAGAGUGUAGAUGCUGGUGAGGAUGUCGUCCUCUUCAUGCACAGUUAUGGAGGUAUUGUGGGCUGCGAGGCUUGCCGCGGUCUUGGCAAGGCAGCUCGGGAGAAAGAAGGCAAGACUGGCGGCGUUGUAAGACUGGUAUUCUGUGCGGCCUUCAUGGUUCCAGAGGGAGUCUCACUAUUCGACAUGCUUCAAGAAAAUCCGCUUCCUUGGUUCAUCGUGUCCCACGAUAAGACAAAGGUCGACCCCGCUCGCCCAGAGGAGAUCUUCUACAACGACAUGGACGAAGCCGCCAUCAAGGAGGCGAUCGCAGGACUCAAGCACCACAGUUAUCAGACGUUCUACAGCAAGCUCACAUACCCUGCGUACAAGGACAUACCAGUAACCUACAUCAAAUGCGAGCUCGAUAACGCGAUUCCUCAUCAAGGCCAACAGCAGAUGAUUGAUACCUCUGGUGUGGAUGUGACCGUCGAGACUAUGCAGGCUAGUCACUCUCCAUUCUUGAGCAAGCCGGACGAGGUCAUUGCUGCUUGCAGGAGAUCGGCAGGCGAGAGCUUCUGAGGUGACACGGGUGGGGGGUUCAUCAAGUGUUGUAGACACGCCAUGCAAGUAAUUUGCAGGGUCCCGAACUUGGGCCGCAGUAUAUGGCAGGACGGAAGCUCGGCUCGUAUGUUUGAAGACCUAGAUCUAAUCAAUUUAAACAAGUAUUGUUACCUAUUGAUCUUCGUUCUCACGAGCGCUGUAUGGU